CUGUCUCCCCGGCCCGCCCCUGCGCUGCGGCAGCUGCUCCUCUGCUAACGGGCUCCGACCCAGCGAGCUUAGCGUCCGCGCGUCUGUCUGUCGGUCUGCAGUCCCCGACAAGAGGUCACCACGCGUGUUUUCUGCCGCAGAACCUGAGACCAUGGCCAAACCAGCACAGGGUGCCAAUUACCGCGGCUCCAUUUGCGACUUCCCGAGCUUCGACCCAAGCCAGGAUGCCGAGGCUCUGUACAAGGCCAUGAAGGGCUUCGGCAGUGACAAGGAGGCCAUCCUGGAGCUGAUCACCUCCCGGAGUAACAGGCAGAGGCAGGAGAUUUGCCAGCACUAUAAGUCCCUCUAUGGCAAGGACCUCAUUGCUGACUUGAAGUAUGAGCUGACUGGGAAGUUUGAACGACUGAUUGUGGGCUUGAUGAAGCCACUUGCUUAUUGUGAUGCCAAAGAAAUUAAAGAUGCCAUCUCGGGCAUUGGCACCAACGAGAAGUGCCUCAUUGAGAUCUUGGCUUCCCGGACCAACGAGCAGAUCCACCAGCUGGUAGCAGCAUACAAAGAUGCCUAUGAGCGGGACCUGGAGGCUGACAUCACUGGUGACACCUCUGGCCACUUCCAGAAGAUGCUCGUGGUCCUGCUCCAGGGAACCAGGGAGAAGGACGAUGUGGUGAGCGAGGACUUGGUGCAACAAGACGUCCAGGACCUAUAUGAGGCGGGGGAACUGAAAUGGGGAACAGAUGAAGCCCAGUUCAUUUACAUCUUGGGAAAUCGUAGCAAGCAGCAUCUUCGGUUGGUGUUUGAUGAGUACCUGAAGACCACAGGGAAGCCGAUCGAAGCCAGCAUCCGAGGGGAGCUGUCUGGCGACUUUGAGAAGCUAAUGUUGGCCGUGGUGAAAUGUAUCCGGAGCAUUCCGGAGUAUUUUGCCGAAAGGCUCUUCAAGGCCAUGAAGGGCCUGGGGACACGGGACAACACGCUGAUCCGCAUCAUGGUCACCCGCAGUGAGCUGGACAUGCUCGACAUUCGUGAGAUAUUCCGGACCAAGUAUGAAAAGUCCCUCUACAGCAUGAUCAAGAAUGAUACCUCUGGCGAGUACAAGAAGGCUCUGCUGAAGCUGUGUGGGGGAGAUGAUGAUGCUGCUGGCCAGUUCUUCCCGGAGGCAGCGCAGGUGGCCUAUCAGAUGUGGGAGCUUAGUGCAGUGGCCCGAGUCGAGCUGAAGGGAACUGUGCACCCGGCGAAUAACUUCAACCCUGACGCAGAUGCCAAAGCCCUGCGGAAAGCCAUGAAGGGCCUUGGAACCGAUGAGGGCACCAUCAUCGACAUCAUCACGCACCGCAGCAACGCCCAGCGGCAGCAGAUCCGGCAGACCUUCAAGUCUCACUUUGGCCGGGACCUGAUGGCUGACCUGAAGUCCGAGCUCUCCGGAGACCUGGCGCGGCUGAUUCUGGGGCUCAUGAUGCCACCUGCCCACUACGAUGCCAAGCAGCUGAAGAAGGCCAUGGAGGGAGCUGGCACAGAUGAGAGUGCUCUCAUUGAAAUCCUGGCCACUCGGAACAACAGGGAGAUCCGGGCCAUCAAUGAGGCCUAUAAGGAGGACUAUCACAAGUCCCUGGAGGAUGCACUGAGCUCAGACACAUCUGGCCACUUCAAGAGGAUCCUCGUUUCUCUGGCCACGGGGAACCGUGAGGAGGGAGGAGAAGACCGGGAUCGGGCCCAAGAAGAUGCCAAGGUGGCUGCUGAGAUCUUGGAAGUAGCAGACACACCGUCUGGAGACAAAACUUCCUUGGAGACACGGUUCAUGACCAUCUUGUGCACCCGCAGCUAUGCACACCUCCGGAGAGUCUUCCAGGAGUUCAUCAGGAUGACCAACUACGAUGUGGAGCACACCAUCAAGAAGGAGAUGUCUGGGGACGUCAGGGAUGUGUUCGUGGCCAUUGUUCAAAGUGUCAAGAACAAGCCUCUCUUCUUUGCCGACAAACUUUACAAAUCUAUGAAGGGCGCCGGCACGGAUGAGAAGACACUCACCAGGAUCAUGGUCUCCCGGAGCGAGGUCGACCUGCUCAACAUCCGGCGGGAGUACAUUGAGAAAUACGACACGUCGCUGCACCAAGCCAUUGAGGGUGACACCUCCGGAGACUUCCUGAAGGCCUUGCUGGCUCUGUGUGGCGGCAAGGACUAGGGCCACUGGCGCUGAUGGGAAAUGGGCAGCAGCACCCAGCACCGUGACCAAGCCUGGCUGCUCAAGCUCCAGAGACUAAGGAAGGGGCAGUGCUGGGGGGAAGGGAUUAGGGUGGGGGCUCUCAUCUCCAGCAGGGGCUUAGGAAAGGCUCCUACCCCCACGGGCCACUGGGGGCCCAGCACUGUCACCCUGCUCGGGUUUGAGUGGCUAAAGAACUAUAGCCAUAAAUCCCAUUCACCUCUAUUCCCAGCUGCCUCCUCAGCCCUUUCCCAGCUUCUGUCCCUAGCCAUAGCCUCUGCCCUGGUUUGGGCUGUGUCAAAUCCCAAAAACAUACUGAGCCUCUCUGUACAAUGA